GGCAAUUGACAUCGUAGAAAAUUGAGAUGUAGCUACCGCUGUUCUAGUAAGCCUGCAACUUUGCCUGAAUACAUACUCCGUGGACAUGAUACCGUCUUCCUCUGCACUUCUUAUUCUUCUCCUCCGGUCAUCAAGAAAACCAAUUACUUUCCCUUCUAUCUCCUCCACAACUCCUUUUCUUUUCCAAUCUCUCGCGACUCAAACUUCAAAACUCCCACACGACGACGACGAUCAUCACCACCAUGGGAGAGGAAUGCCCAACGACGAAUACUUUGCCGCCAUCCACCACAUCUCCAACAUUGUUCGCCGUGAUUUCUACAUGGAACGAACCCUCCAGAAGAUGCAAAUCAAUGUCACUUCCGAACUCGUCUAUCGAGUCCUCAGGAGCUGCGGUAAGUGCGGAAUCGAAUCCUUUCGUUUCUUCAACUGGGCUCGAAACCAGCCUCGAUAUGAACCCACCACCAUUGAAUUCGAAGAACUCAUUAAAACCCUAGGCCGGACCCGUAACUGGGAAACCAUGUGGAAGGUUGCAGAACAGAUGAAGAAACAAGAGUUUUCUCUCACCCCCGAGACAUUCUCAAUGAUUAUAGAGUCGUAUGGGAAGCAUGGGCUCGUCGAUCGGGCUGUUGAAGUCUUUAACCGGAUGAAGAAUUUCAAUUGUUCUCAGACGACCCAGGUCUAUAAUGCUCUGCUCUACGCGCUCUGUGAGGUUAAGAAUUUCGAAGGGGCUUAUGCUUUGAUUCGGCGGAUGAUAAGGAAGGGAGGAGUUCCAGAUAAGAGUACUUUUGCUAUUCUUGUUAAUGGCUGGUGCUCGGCGGGGAAACUCAGGGAAGCACAGGAGUUUCUAGAAGAGAUGAGUCGAAAGGGAUAUAACCCGCCUGUUCGCGGUCGUGACCUUUUGAUUGAUGGCUUGCUCAAUGCGGGUUACCUUGAAUCGGCCAAGGAAUUGGUUAGGAAAAUGACAAAGGAGGGGUUUUUGCCUGACAUUGAGACAUUCAAUUCUCUACUGCAAGCUAUUUGCAAUACUGGAGAGGUUGAUUUCUGUAUUGAUCUUUUCCAUGAUGUUUGUAGAUUGGGGCUUUGUCCAGAUAUUAGCACUUACAAGAUCAUGAUCCCAGCUGUUUCGAAAUUGGGUCAGAUUGAUGAAGCAUUUAGGCUGCUCCAUAGAUCCAUCGAGGAUGGGCACAAACCAUUUCCAAGUUUAUAUGCUCCAAUACUUAAAGCCCUUUUUAGGAGGGGUCAGUUUGAUGAUGCAUUUAGUUUUUUCAGUGAUAUGAAGGCCCAGGGUCAUCCCCCAAACCGGCCAGUGUAUACAAUGUUGAUUAGGAUGUGUGGGCGGGGUGGAAGAUUUGUAGAGGCUGCGAAUUAUCUGGUGGAGAUGACAGAGCUGAAUUUGUCACCGAAGGCACAGAGCUUUGAUGUGGUUACUGAUGGAUUGAAGAACUGUGGGAAGCAUGACUUGGCUAAGAGGAUAGAACAGUUGGAGAUAUCCCUUCGUGGUGUUUGAAUUUGGAUAUUCAGAAGAAAAUGAUUUUGUUUUCCAGAUGACCCUCUAUUUCCAUUUUCAUCUGUUGACCUCAAUUCAGAGUUGAGAAUUCCAUCGAAAUGUUUACAUGGAUGCUACCUCACAGGUGCAUUGUAGACCUAGGCCAAGCUCCAUUUUGGGUGGAUUGGGCCAUUGGGGAUUAUAAGAAAAAGAGGUGUUAUCUAUGAGAACUUGAGCAAUCUAGUCGAUGUUGUUCUACUUGCUGCCACCAGUGAAACAUUUUUAGAUGGAGGUUCAAGGAGGUUAGCAUUCAAUUUGGCUUCUAUGUUUUGGUUCAUGUUUCAAAUAUGAAGAACUGUUUUAUACAUCAUUAAUUUGAUAUCUGAAACACUGUAGUUUAUGGUACUAUUACCUGGUGAUUCCCAUAUGGAUUUCUUUUUUGGGUAAAGGCAAAGUAAAAUGGUUUGUUCUAUCAUUUCAAAAAAGUUCAAACAUCAGUUUUUUUUUUCCUGAGUUGGUUUCUUGUUUCCAGGCUUUUAUUUUUCUUUAAGUUCUAUUUAUUUGGUAUGGCUUAUGAUUCUGAAGAGGAAACAAGUAUUGCAUCCUUUUGCC